AUCAAUGCCUUUUCAUUUCCAAAUACUUCACUAGCCUUUGUGCCUGGAGUGGGAAUCAAAGUGCUGACCAACCACGGUACUGCCAACAUCAGCACAGACUGGGAAAUCAAGUCUCCGCUCUUCUCUGUCCCAUUAUCACCGGUGAGGUUGAAGCACUAAAUGUCAAUCUCAGCACUCUGGAGGUUUUAACCAAGAUUGACAACUACACUCUGCUGGAUUAUUCCCUAAUCAGUUCUCCAGAAAUUACUGAGAACUACCUUGACCUGAAUUUGAAGGGUGUAUUCUACCCACUGGAGAACCUCACUGACCCUCCCUUCCCACCAGCUCUUUUUGUGCUCCCAGAACGCAGUGACUCUAUGCUCUACAUUGGAAUCUCCGAGUAUUUCUUUAAAUCUGCAUCCUUUGCUUAUUUCACAGCGGGGGCUUUCAAUGUCACUCUCUCCACCAAAGAGAUUUCCAAUCAUCUUGUUCAAAAUUCUCAAGGCCUUGGCAAUGUGCUCUCCCGGAUUGCGGAGAUCUAUAUCCUGUCCCAGCCCUUCAUGGUACGGAUUAUGGCCACAAAGCCUCCUGUGAUCACUUUACGACCAGGCAACUUCACCCUGGACAUCCCUGCCUCUGUCAUGAUGCUCACCCAGCCCAAGAAUUCGACUGUUGAAUCCAUUGUUUCCAUGGACUUUGUUGCUAGUACCAGUGUUGGCCUGGUUAUUUUGGGACAAAGACUGAUCUGCUCCUUGUCUCUGAACAGAUUCCGCCUCUCUUUGCCAGAGUCCAAUCGCAGCAAUAUUGAGGUCUUGAGAUUUGAGAAUAUUCUGUCCUCCAUUCUUCACUUUGGAGUCCUCCCACUGGCCAAUGCAAAAUUGCAGCAAGGAUUUUCUCUGCCCAACACACACAAUAUCUCAUUCGUCAAUUCAGACAUUGAAGUUCUUGAGGGUUUCCUUUUGAUUUCUACCGACCUGAAGUAUGAAACAUCCUUAAAGCAACAGCCAAGUUUCCAUGGCUGGGAAGGUCUGAACCUGAUAAGUGGACAUUGGAGGGGGAAGCCAGGGAAGCCUUGAUUGCCUGUUUGCAAUCUACCCUAGGAAGUAAAUGGCCCUUAAUCCCACAGCUACUGGAAACCCAUAGGGGGAAGACAGUGCACACUGGAAUUUUAAAGCCCUUGUGAAUUGCUUAGGCAGAAAGUUUUCUUUCACAAACCUGAAAUGAGGCAGACUGGGAUAAAGGGCUGAGUACGGGUAUGUGCACCUCUGUAUGUGGAGGGG